UGAAGAAUCAGUGCCAUUUGCAUGGCAUAAUAGAUAAAAAAUGCUGUUAGAUUAAAUCUUCAUUAAUUAUUAAGACCAAACAUCAUUCGGACCAAUUUUUAUUGAUAUGUCUAGUUUUCAACGUAAUCAGUGAUUGAUAGCAAGUGACUACCAAUAAAUGGCAGCGUUUAAUGGGCCUCUAAAAAAGUAACUUUAACUAAAGUAACUUAUUUUUUAUUUAUUGUUUGGAUAUAUAUUAAAAGUUAGAAAUGUGAAGAUUAAUAAUUAGACAAAAACAAAGAUAAAAAUAGAUUUGAAACUUCUUUUCUUCAGAAUUAUUUUGUUGUUGUUGUUGUUUUAAGUCAGAAAGAGCUUUGCACAUACAAGGAAUUUGUUUUAGUGUCACAUGCUUCCAGUACACAGAGACAAGAACAACAACACACAGAUAAUAAAAAAUAAGAUGAGAAUAAAAAUACACAUGUAAAUAAAAAUAAAAAUAAAUAAAUUGUAUGUACAGUUGUGCUAUAGAAUAGCAAUAGAAUAGAAUAAGAUGUCGGGAUGUACUACACUUAAAUACAGAGUGUAAGAAGUUGAUUUAUUUUUUAUAUUUUUGAAUGGAAAGGUUGUGGGAGGGUUAAAAUUGAGACAAUGUUUUUUUUUUUUUUUUACUUUUUAAUGCAGGCUACUAUUAUCUCUUGUGAGAUACAAACAAAAAGAUUAGAAGUAAAAUGUUAUAUUAUUUAUUAAUAAUAAUGACCGUUAGAUGUGUAACGUUACAUACAAAAAAUGUUUUCUAGACAAUUCGAUCAUUCAUAACAAAAAACAAACAAAGAAAUAAAAGAUAGCUAGCCUAUAUAAAUAUAUAAUGAUGUAAAAUUAUUUCAUUUAAAUAGUUUAAAAAGAACCAAAUUUCAGACAUGGCACAUUUUUUUGUUUGUUCCGUUUUCUUGUCACAUUGGUGCGCGUCGCGUCGGGCGCGUCCGUGACGUCAUCAGCACGUUGUUCUUUUCGCCCUUUCAGAUUUCGAGACGGCGUGCGCGUGCAGAACCACAACAGAGAACAACAACAACAAACAAACAAUAAACACGACGUUCAGAGUGCGGCGAGGGAGUGAAACGAUGGCUGGGCUGAUGUCUGGGUUUGGCUGCUUUACGCACGCCGUGGUGCGCGCGGUGCCGCAGUCUCUGGCCAGAGACGCGCUGAGGACCGGCGGUCUGGAGGUGGACCUGCUCAAAGCGCAGGAGGAGCAUGGAGAAUACGUGUCGGUUCUGAAGCACCGGCUCGGGCUGGAGGUGCUGGAGCUGCCCGCGGACGAGGCGCUGCCGGACUGCGUGUUCGUGGAGGACGCGGCGGUGGUGUGCGGCGACACGGCGCUCGUCUCCAGACCCGGAGCCCAGAGCAGGAGGAGGGAGACGGAGGCCAUGAAAGCUGCGUUGACGGAGCUUGGCCUCAAUAUAGUGGAGAUGACGGAUGAAUCGGCCACGCUGGACGGAGGAGACGUCCUGUUCACAGGUAGAGAAUUCUUUGUGGGAUUAUCCAAGAGGACCAACCAGAGAGGAGCGGAGAUCCUGGCCGACGCUUUUAAGGACUACGCCGUGUCCACGGUUCCUGUUCAGGACACAUUGCAUCUGAAGAGUUUCUGCAGCAUGGCCGGACCCGGUCUCAUCGCCAUCGGAUCCAGCGAAGCCGCGCAGAAAGCCCUGAAGAUCAUGCAGCAGAUGAGCGAUCAUAAAUAUGAUAAACUGACGCUUCCUGAUGAUUUGGCUGCAAACUGCAUCUACAUGAACCUGCCGGCUAAAGGAGACGUCCUGCUGCACUGCACACCUGAGGAGUUUCCCGAGAGUGCCAAGGUGUUUGAGAAGCUGAAGGAUCACAUGCUCAUCCCAGUGUCCAAUCAGGAGAAAGUGAAGGUGGACGGAGCGCUGACCUGCUGUUCGGUGCUCAUUAACAAGAAGAAGAACAUCUGAGCCACAUGCAGAAACACUCAAAUAAAAUAAAUCAGAUUGUUUCAUUUGAAGGGAAGACAAUAUAAAACUUAGUUCAGGUCUCAAACCUGUUGCUUUAUAAAAUGUGAGGAAAAUAAAGUACAUUUAUUUUUUAACCAGCAACAUUGUGGUCUUAGCUGGUUUAACUAGUCUCCAGACCAUACUGACUAGUUUAACCGGCUUGGUCAGGAUGGCCGUCCAGCUGUUGACUUUUUUUAAGCAACAGUCAGUGAGUUAAAACCAUUACAAUUUGGAUUGUUAUAAAAUCUAAUUUGCAUGACAAAAAUUGCCCUAAACCUCAAAAUGUAGCUGCAAACUGCUAAAAUCAUCUGGAUCCACUCAGAAUCACUGAACUGAAAGUGUUUAUCACAUUUAACGUCCAUCAAUCCUCAAAAAAAGCCAGUUUUUAAACAAUGAAUGCUGAUUUUGUGUUGCCUAGAUAGCAGAUCAUCACGUUUAUGAAUAGAUUUAUAGAGCAUUUGAACUGUAUUUUCUGGAAUAAAUAUCCGCAGACUGCGCAGAUGUGAUGUGAGAAAUAAGCCAUAGUCAAGUGCUUUUACUGAGUAAUUGAAGCAAAAAAUGUUUUUAUAGAUUGAUUUUUAAGUACAAUUUGUGUGUUCGUUUGUCCUGCAGUUGUGAAGGCAGAACUCAGAUAAUAAAAAAUAAGUUCUAAGAACGUUUUGCUAACAUUCUCAUUAAGUUAUAAAAAAAAAAAAAAAGGAUUUUUUUUUUCUUGGUUAUGUGAACGUUAGAGAAAAUUACAUUUGCAAACAUUUUGGAAACUUUUUGAAAGUUCUCUGAAACGACUAAGUUGUAACGUUUAAAAAACAUUGGAUGAUUAAAAACCAGAUAACUCUGACCAAACGUUCUAUUAACGUUUUGUUAACUUUAGGAGAACCUUGCCAGAACGUUCUUUGUUAGCUGGAAGUGUUUAGCCUAGUAUGUAGCGCAUAUUGAAUUAUUGUGUGUUAACCUGAAAAAGAGGCAGAUGUUGACAAUCACCGUUGAUAUUAGUUGGUUGCCGUUACAGGAAAUAGAAGGUCAGUUGCAGUGCAAUGCAUUGUGGGAUACAGUAUUGCAGAUGUUGCAGGUAUUCCAUGCAUGCAGAACAUUUGCAGACUAUGCAAUCUUUACAUACUGCAGAAAUAGAGUAGUAUUCUAGUCGAUUCAAACAUAGUCACGGUUUCCCUAUCCUCAGGUGCUGAUUGGACAUCAUUCCUCACUGUGACGUCGAUAUAAACUGUGAUGUCCAAUCUGAAGUUUGCCAACAUCUAUGUAAUUAAACAGCACACCAGUAUUGGUGCAUGCUACCUUGACACCACUGACAACUUGUUGCAUUAGUGUAGUGUUAGCACCAUUAACAACAAUAACUCAUUGGCAUCAUACAUUUAAAACCUGCUGUGGUUGGAGCUUCACUCUUCACAACUUUACGUUAACUAAAUGUUAGAAAAUCGUAAAAUUGUCCAGUGCAAUGAAUUAUGGGUAAUAUUAGCUGAACAAUCAAGCAUAGAUGCAUCGUAUGAUGAUUUGGGACACUUGCUUUAAUUGUAAACAAUUUGGAAUGGAAGUUUUUAUGUUUCCGGUGGGUUUUCUGUGGAAGAUUGUUUCCACCACAGGAUAAAAAAAAAAUAAAAAGGGAAUUGCAUCCUUUUAUAUCCUAAUUCUUUUUUCUCACAAUUCUGAGUUUAUAUCUCACAAUUCAGACUUUUUUUUACUCGCAAUUCUGAGAAAAAUUUCAAAAUUGUGACACAAUUGUGAGAGAUAAAGUCAGAAUUGUGAGAUAUAAAGUCGCAAUUUUAAAAAAAAAAUAAUUAACUUCAUUUUGUAGAAGAAACAAAAAAGAAACAGAAUUGCAAGACAAACUCAAAAUUGCAAGAAAGUACAAAUUCUGAGUUUAUUUUUGCAAUUACUUUUCCCCCUCAUAAUUUCCCUCUUUUUUCCCUCUUUAUCCCCUCCCCCAUUGCGAUUUUUUUUUUUUUUUUUUUUUUUAUGGAAAAAAAAAAAAAGAGAGAGAAAAAUGUAGGAUAAAAUAUGAGAAAAAAGUUUGAAUUGUGAGGGGAAAAUUCACAUUUACCAAUUUUAUUAUUUUUUUUGGCGGGAACAGGCUUCCAUAGUGUGACAGUUAAACCGACAGCUCCUCGGUCACAUCUCACGUUUCAGUUUAACGCUUUUCACGUUAAGUGUUGUGGGUCAUUCCACCGAAUGGGUGCCAUUUGCUUACAAAACUCUUUUCUUUUCUUUUUAAGUGGAAGAUGGAUGCAUUUUUCUCAGUCCUGUUACCAAAACUCUAAUGUAUUUUAAAAAGCAUGUUUAAAAUUAUGUCAACAAAUUCCAUCAUUUCCCCCUCACGCAGGUGUUUAUUUUAAAGAAAUUGUUGGUUUCAUGGUCAAAAAACAUUAUUUUUAUCAUAAAAAGUCACUAUUUAUCUACACAAAGUGUAUUUUUCUAAAGUACACAAACCCAUUUUUUUUAUUUUAAAGGCGACUCAAACCUCAAGCUUAUCAAUUUUCUAUAAUGCAAUUUAUUAAACAAUAGGAUAAAUUAUGGACCAAACUUAAUUUAAAAAAAUAGUGCUUUAACUUUAUUUUUUAAAGAAAAAACUAUUUAGUAACAGGAAUGAAACUGGUAACAAGGAGGAGUAUUCAUUAUAUUAGUAUACAGGUUUGACUACACAUGUGAGAUGUUAAUGAUUGAACAUUGACGAGUGAGCUGACCUCGCUGCUGAAAAAGGCCAAAUCAUGUUUCUAUUUAAAUCUAGUGGUCUGCAGAGGGGAAUGUGUUCGGGUAACAGGACUGAGUGAAAAACAGGGGACACAGUUAGAUUAAUGUGCUUGCUUAAUAUUAAAAUGUAUUUAUAGUUCAUUUUUAUGCAUGUUUGUACCUAUAAUGUCCUGGGGACACAAAUGGUGCCCAUUCGGUGGAUUGGCCCUUUUAGGAUGCUCCGAACUGAAGGGACGGCGUUACUCUGUCAGUUUAUUUCACCUCUUAAAAAAAAAAAAAUGAAGAUUUAAAGCUCAGAGACAUGGGCUUGCGCCUAUAAAACAGGAUUUAGAGAUGUCCCAACACUUUUACGAUGUCGACAGAUAAACAUCAGAAUUAUAGGCCACGAUGAAAGCGCAGCUGUCUUUCUUUUAUAUAUCUAUCUCAUUCUUCGUCUCCUAGAUGCUUUGCAAAAGACGUUAUCAUUAUUUCUCUGCCAGAAAGACACUUGUAAAAUAUCCUGCAGUUGUCGUGAGUCCCACUGUAUGAUAUCAUAAACGCUGUUUAUUAGCCAUCUGCUCAUCCAGAAAGAAUUUCGUGUUUCAUCAUGAACUUCAAUUCACCCUGAGUUUUCUCUGUUAUCAUCUCACCAAAUUCAUGCUGAAAUCCGUCAUCAUCCUAAAAUAAGAAAGCAACUCAGGUCUUUGGGAUUCUGCAGCCUGCAGUAUUUUCUUUCUACUCUUGUAUUUUCUAAAAAGUAAAUGAUUGUCAAGGCGAUGUACACUGGACUGGUCGAUCAGAGAUAGAUGUGACUCAGGAUUUUUAGAUGUGAUUUGUAGCCUAUGUGCCAUAAUUUCUUUAACACUGUGUCUUUGCUCUUUGUAAUGAUUUUAAAUAAAACAGCUUGUGAAUGCGUGUUUUGUUAUUA